AUGAAGAAAAAGAACAAGGCAUCUGCCUCUGGAAACGGUCUUGAUGAUGACACACGGCCUGAAUCCUCCCCAUACGCAGCCUCAAUCAUCGAACUCAAACUUGGGGACGGAACAGCACUCAAAGUUCCAAGCUCUCUACUUCGCAAGUGCCCCAAACUGCACACAAAGAUACAAACAUGGGCUCAAAUAGUAUCAUUGCUCGAGAUGACUCAAGAUAUCGGCCACGUUCUCGUCCAUUAUCUCUUCACCAACACCUACCAAUGUCUCCUGCCCAAGGGCACAGCCCAUGAAAAGAUGUCUUCAGAAUAUAGAACAGCCAUCCGAGUCUACGGGUGGGCUCGAGAUUACGAGCUGUCCGACCUGGAGGAGCUUGCAAAAUUGGAAGUAGUAAGGCUUGGAAGUGGGCUUCCGUUCCCGACAGUCCUUGGUCUACUACGGAACGCAUACCCAACCCCACGCUCGGACGAUGUAUGGUUCAGGAGCUACCUAAAAGACGGUCUCAAGUUGCUUGUUCAGGAUCCAUCUUUGCUAGCAGAAUGCGCUGUGUCAAAGACUAAUGUCGAAAAGCUGUCGAUCAGCGACUUGAGCUUUGAAGUCCUGACAGAGCUUGUUGGGGACCCCGAGGCGCUUCCGCAGGGUGACGCGAAUCCCCCGACUCAGCAUGUUGAGAAGCUUGAUUCUGGCUCCUCACCAGAGACUUUAUCACCACCCGAAGCGACGCCAGAACCUACCGACUCAGGUCUAGAAGUGAGCCCGCGGCAUCCACCCGCGACAAAUCAACUAGACUUGCUGGAAGAAGCAUUACCAGAACCAGCCACCAGCGAGCCGAUUCCAGAGUCUGACACAACAAGGCCUGAAGCUUCUUGUGUGGAGGAGAGCGCACAGAGCAGCUAUGCUUCCAAGAAGAAAGAUAAGAAGAAAAAGAAAAAGGGGAGAGUUGCCGACAUUGAGCCAGACUCGGCUCAAAAACAGCUGGAGGAAGUCGUACCAGCGAUUUUUCUAGAGGCAACUGCCGCCCGCGUUGAGAAAGAAGUCACUUGCGAAUUCCAGGGCAUGCACUUGUCAGGGGACGGUUGGAAGGGUUGUUCCAGCUGCCAAUCUCGCAUAAGCCAACUUUCAAGCCAGCUUCACGCUACGUUUGACACGACAGCAUUUUCUCCGUUCUCAAAUAAACGAUGGGGAUUCGCGUAG